ACUUGGCCUCAGUUCGAGUCAGUCGCUCGCUGCAGUCGCUCGUGGAGACGCUAAAAAGACUGUUCUCAGUUCUCCGUUCUGAGUACUCAGUACUCGAUUCUCAGUUAUCAGUGUUCUCGCUGUGUCAUUUAUCAAACCGUGUCCAAGAGGCGCCAUCCGUUCCGUAUCCGUUUCUUGUGCCGUGUUUCUGCUCGACCUUUUUAUUUAAUCCAAAUUUAACAAUAUAAAUAACGACAAUUAUUUGCUCUCGAAAUGCUCGAGGACCUAACUAAAAAUAGCCUCGAAUCUGAGCUAUGUUAAGUAUAUAUAGAAAGAUAUACAGCUAUAUUAUAUAUAAUAUAUUUAGUUGUCUGUGUUGCGCGUCAAGUGAAAAACUGUUUAAAAAUAAAACAAACGCCGUAUAAAAGUCUCAACAUAUUUUACUGUGACAAAAGUGGAGAUUAACAUAUGCAACAAACAACAACAACAACUUCUAGCGACAACAACAACAACUACAACCACUAAUAUCAUUAAAUUCGCAAAUUCCAUUUGUUCUCAGGUAAAGAACAAAAAAGGAACAUAAUAAAAGAUAAGGAACUGCGUGUUUUUGUAGCAUGCUAGCUGCAGUUAUGGCAUCAGAUAUUAAUUGGGAUCCAGCGCUGUCAAGAUUAAUCACCACAUUAAAGGAAUCGGACAAUUUGUCGAAUGAUCAGGAAAUUGAUUUUCUCAAGGCUUUGCUGGAGUCCAAAGAGCUCAAUGCCUUGGUCAAUGUGCACACUAAAGUGGCAAAGGUGGGACGCGACGAUCGACUAGCUCCAGUUUUAUCCACCUCGGCACAGGUGCUCUAUGAAGUGCUGGAACUGCUCUCGCAGCGUUGCCACCUAAGUGAUGACUGCAAGGAGACUUUUCACCUGCUACAAGACUCCCAUGUGCAGCAUCUACUAUUUGCUCACGAUGCCAUUGCACAAAAGGAUUUUUAUCCGCAUCUGCCCGAGGUGCCCAUUGAAAUGGAUGAGGAUGAAGAGACCAUUAAAAUUGUACAGCUCGUGAAAAGUAACGAGCCUUUGACAGGAGCACAAAGUGCGGAACCGAUUGUUGGCGCAACUAUAAAAACUGACGAGGAAACCGGCAAAAUAAUUAUUGCGAGAAUUAUGCACGGCGGAGCUGCGGAUCGUUCGGGUCUAAUACACGUGGGCGACGAGGUCAUUGAGGUCAACAGCAUCAAUGUGGAGGGCAAAACGCCUGGCGACGUCCUAACCAUUUUGCAAAAUUCCGAGGGCACGAUUACGUUUAAGCUCGUGCCGGCGGAUACGAAAGGUGCCCAGCGGGAGUCCAAGGUUCGAGUGCGUGCUCAUUUCGACUACAAUCCGGAUGUGGAUCCUUAUAUACCCUGCAAGGAAGCCGGCUUGGCGUUCCAGCGUGGCGAUGUGCUGCACAUUGUGGCACAGGACGAUGCCUAUUGGUGGCAGGCACGCAAGGAUCACGAACGGUCGGCCAGAGCCGGUCUCAUUCCCAGUCGAGCUCUGCAGGAGCGACGCAUCCUUCACGAACGCACCCAACGGGAAUCUAACGAAAUGGACUCGAAGCCCGGUUCAUGCGCCUCACUCUGCACCACUCCGCCGGGCUCUCCGCGUCUGCAGACGAGCAGCAGCAGCUCCUCGUGUCGUCAGCCAAAGACUAAAAAGAUCAUGUACGAUUUGACAGAGAACGAUGACUUUGAUCGGGAACUGAUCGCCACAUAUGAGGAGGUUGCCAAGCUCUAUCCACGUCCUGGCGUCUUUCGUCCUGUCGUCCUCAUUGGUGCUCCUGGAGUUGGACGCAACGAGCUGCGACGUCGCCUCAUAGCUCGCGAUCCCGAGAAGUUCCGCAGUCCAGUGCCAUACACUACUAGACCUAUGCGUACCGGUGAAGUUCCUGGCAGGGAGUACAUAUUCGUCGCACGGGACAAAAUGGAUGCAGAUAUUGAGGCGGGCAAAUUUGUGGAGCACGGCGAGUACAAGGGACACCUGUAUGGCACCUCGGCGGAGAGUGUCAAGUCGAUUGUAAAUGCCGGCUGUGUCUGUGUGCUGAGUCCACAUUAUCAGGCCAUCAAGACACUGCGCACGGCACAAUUGAAACCCUUCCUUGUACACAUCAAGCCUCCGGAGUUGGAAAUUCUCAAGUCGACACGAACUGAGGCGCGUGCCAAAUCCACCUUUGAUGAGGCGAAUGCUCGCAGCUUUACGGAUGAGGAAUUCGAGGAUAUGCUAAAGUCCACAAAACGCAUUGACUUCCUCUAUGGACACUUUUUCGAUGUGGAGAUUGUCAACGCGGAGCUGUUGAAUGCAUUCGAGCAGCUCGUACAGAAUGUCCAGCGUCUGGAGAAUGAACCUCUUUGGGCGCCCUCCAUUUGGGUGCAGUAAUAGGGGAAUCAUUGAGGAAUCAGCGGUAAUUCACUAGAGAUUCACCAAGGAUUCACUAAGGACUCACUAAGGACUCACUAGGGACUCACCUAUGAUUCCUUGCAGCCCUUUGCAAUUUGUUGAACAAACACCAAAGUAUUUGCCAUACGAAUUUAGCCCUUAUUUUCGGUUCGUUAAAAAAAAACCGCUAAAGCUAAAUGUACAGUUAGUUGCCAAUGUUGAACGGCAUUUAGAUAGACAGAGACAGACAAACGGACGGACAGACAGAGAAAGAUAUAUAGAGAAAAUACUAUUUACCCUUAGGCUGUCCUACGGGACAAUCCUGUCCAGCGUUAGUCCUUUUCACGACAUGUACCUUUUUGCGUAAAAGUGAAAACAAUGAAAAGAAUACAAUAAAAACAAAG